AUGGAUAAGAUGAUUAGUAAAGGUAAUAAUGAAUACUUUUUAAGAUAUUCACUUGGACAAGAGGGAACAGACAUAUUUUUCAAGGCUAAAAAGCCAAAAUGAAAAUUCAAAAAAAGUACAGAAAUUAGAUAUUAUAGUUGGAUAUUUUGCUUGAAGCUCUUGUAUUGAGAAAUUAGGCAUUUCUCACAUAAAAUAAGAUUUGA